AUGGCAAUGUCGCACGUGCCAGCACAUAUUCGGCAAGCACACGGAGGGCACCCGACACGCGGACGUGGAUCGUCACGAGCAGGGAAAAAAGCACAGGGUUCGAUCAACGGGGGCACCAUCUCAGACCUGCAGAAGGCUGGCGUCACGACGCUCUUGCCUUUCGGACGAAGAGGAGGAAGAAGUAGAAGAGGAAGAAAGGCGGGCAGGGGGGGUGGAAGGCCAAAGCAAGAAGCGACCGGCUCGCAGAAAACGUAGCGAGAUACCGCGCGAGAACUCGGAAGUAGGGGUCCGCGUGAGUAAGCGGGGUAGAGUGAUCAAGAAAAACGUAACCCUACAAGACCAAGGCUACUCGUAGAUUUGCAUGACUAUGUUCUCUGUUGUGCAGUGCUAGAUGCGGCAAUGGCAAGUUUGCAAGGCAGGUGGUUCGAUGUAUGGUUCUUGGCUGAGCUGUUCCGCUCAUUUCGAGCUUUGGUCGAUACUGUAUACUUUCGUAGAUACGAGACUAUCGUACGUGUGUGUGUUCCUCUAGCACGGCUGGGUGAGCAUGGGCGACCAUCGAUGACGAGCAGAUGCGGAAGGGGUAACGACACACUGUUCCGCUCAUUUCGAGCUUUGGUCGAUACUGUAUACGUUCGUAGAUACGAGACUAUCGUACGUGUGUGUGUUCCUCUAGCACGGCUGGGUGAGCAUGGGCGACCAUCGAUGACGAGCAGAUGCGGAAGGGGUAACGACAGCGAGGCAUGUUUGCCAUCCAUCU